AUGCAUCGCGAUAAGACCCUCACCACCACGACGAGCGAUAGCCAUUCCGCGUCUAAGGCGUCUCCAAUGGUGCUGCUGCUACUCGCCGUCACGAUUCUGGCCACCACCUUCUCCUCCGCCACUGCCCAGAACAGUGGCUACAACUACCCAAAACCGACCACCACCACUUCGGCCCCGUUCACGGGUUACAACUACCCCAAACCAUCGAAACCCUUCAACGAAGGUUACACCUAUACGACACCAAAGUGUCCACUGGUACUGCCGAGCACCAGUACGAUCACGAGCACCUCGACGAUCGUCUCGACGACGGUCCGCACGGAAACGUUACCCCCGCUCACCCAAACACAGACCCAAACCUCCACUUCCUUCAUCACGCUACCACCGAUCGUGCAGAUCGAAACGUCCAGCGUCUUCAUUACGCUCACGUCGACCGAAAUCCAACCGACGACCGUUACCUCCCUCCUAACGACCACCUACUGCCAACCGAAUAGCUAUCUGCCACCACCACCGCCGCCUACGCCACCACCAAACACCUACCUUCCGGUCGAACCCCCGUCGAAGGAGUAUCUUCCGGCGGCCGAUGGAGCGCCAUCACGGCAACCGAACGAUGCCGUCAUCCGCACAUCGGUGGACCAGAUCCAGAGGACCACGGAGCAGGGUAACGGUGCCGGUACCGGUACCGGGACAUUCAUUUCCACCUUCGUCAGCCAGCAGCAGCCGCAACAACCGCAGCAGCAGCAGCCAGGACCGAUCAAGCGAGCUGCGCUCAGCUCGCCCAGGGACUCCUGGGAGCGUACGGAGUUGAACGAGGUAGCUGAUGGUGGCCAGCAGCCGGCCAUCAACAUCAUCUACCUGGAUCGCCAAUCCGGUGCCACGGCCAGAGGACAACCCUCGCCAGCGCUGAUGAACUGGUUGCUCUGCAAGUUUAACCUUUCUAGCGGUACGUGCAAUUCGGAUGCAACAAACUAG